GUGUAAGCAGGUCGUUUUCGAGUAACUAUUAAUGUCCACGUGUCUUAUCCAAAUGACCGCCACGUUCAUCCAUGUGACAAUAGUCAGAAACCAACAUGUUUUAUCUUGAAUUAUUUUGGUUACGUCAGCAAAUUUAUCACAUGGGAUGCCUCAAAUUUUGCCACCACUUAUAAAAUUGCAUGAAAAUUAGGUGCACCUUUUUUUGUUUUUGAACAUUCUUAAAUACACGCGUCACCUUAUUUGACAGCCAUAUGUAUGCCACUUGUCAACCUAGCUAGUAUCUAAUGUGGUUGUACCCAUAAUUGGCCAACAACGUAUUUGUUUUAUUAUCUUCAAGGUUCUGACAUAGAAAGUGCUAUAAAUUUGGUCAUAAACCCUAAGUUUUUUCAUCAUCUUAUUCCCAUCCAAUAAUUUCUAUAACAAAAAAAAUGAAGGAAUGGUCUCCUCAAGAUGCCAUGAAAGCUUAUUUGGACACACUUCAUCUUGUAAGUUCAUCUUUUCCUACCGCAUGGAACCCAACUGCAAAGAGCCCAGUUGAAGAAGAUGACAAGCAAGGACUAAUAGAACCCAACUGCAUGGAACUGAUAUCAGCCAUGGCAGCCGGCAAAGGAGCCAAACACAUCGUCGAAAUCACAACCCAAGGCAUUACCCCAUUAACCAUCGCACUUGCUGUCGCAGCAAAACACACCGGCGGUCAACUCACUUGCAUCCUCCCAUCCCACCACCACCACCACCACCACACCGCCGAUCAUCUUCAACAAUACAUAAAUUUGGUUCACGCUGAACCCACCAACACUAGCCCACGCGAGACAAUCAUAAAACAGAUAAAAAUGCGGUUGAAGAACGUGGAUUUUGCAGUGAUCGAUUGUAAGUUUGACGAUGAGUACUUGAAAUUAAUGUUUAAAACAAUGGUGGAGGAGGAGGAUGGUAUUAAAACAGGGUCGACUGUGAUAGUUCAUAAUGUUCAUCAUAAAAAAGAUGGGUCGAUAUUUGGUCAACUUUUGAGGAAAAAGAGAGUGGAAGCUGUGACUUUGCCUAUUGGUGAAGGAACUGAGAUGACUCGAAUUUUGGGAUGUAGGUUUAAGAGACGAAAUAGGUUUCUCGUCACCUUCCAUAAUUGAUUUUAUGUAAAUAUAUCAGUUUUUUUUUCUGUAUUGGAAGGUGGUCUACGUAAAAAAUCACUUCUUUCUGUGUUUGUAUUAUAUGUUAGUAUUUUCGAACUGUAAUUGUAUUCCAAAUUUUUAAUUUAGGAUUUAUAAUUUUUUCUAAA